AUGGGACCCCGAAACAUCCGCUCCGAUUCCGAGCACCAAAGUCCAUUCAGCCGGUCAUUCACAUCGAGUUCGCCAAUUGCAGCCUCUGCAAUCGCCCGAGAUCUCGCCAGUUACAGUGAGGAUGAACCAACCCCCAGCGAUGAAACUUCCAGCUCGACCGACUACCCACCCGGUAGCUAUACCAGCAACGCCCGCUCGUUAGCUGGGUCAUAUCGCCGCCCCAGCAAUUUCACCUCAAUCAGCCACGCAACCAUAAUCCCCUGGACUGGAGAACAGCAAGUUCUGUCCAAGAACGAGCGCCAGCAAAUCAUCGAGGAAGAGCGCCACCUGUUGAGCGAUAAUAAUGUUAUCCCACCCGACCAUGCACAUGGCAAGUCUCACGGCCUGCAGCACAAAGUGAGUGGAUUACUCUCUGCUGCGAUUGGUCAAGGAUCCCCGUCUCGCCGAACAAGUCACUCUCAUCGAUCGAGAAGUCGGAGUCGUGUGUCCGACGGCGCAAGUGAAACGACUGCGCUACUGGAUGAAGCGGUCGAAUCUGGGGGCUCCGGCAGCGAGAUGGGCUCGGAGGAGAUUGAUCGCAAAUGGGAUGAAGCAGUUGCGGCUGGCCUGAUUCAUACCACCUGGCAGCGGGAAGCGAAGGUCAUUGGGAAGUACUCAUUGCCGCUGAUGGUGACUUUCCUCCUACAGUAUUCCUUGACGGUAGCUAGUAUCUUCACCAUUGGGCACCUAGGAAAAGAGGAGCUGGGAGCUGUCAGCCUGGCGAGUAUGACUGUGACCAUUACCGGAAAUGCAGUGUUUUCAGGCUUGGCGACGAGUUUGGAUACCCUCUGUUCGCAGGCUUAUGGCUCUGGGAAGAGGAAGCUGGUAGGACUGCAGAUGCUGCGGAUGGUCUACUUCCUUUGGAUGAUCACCAUCCCUAUUAUGGUUCUCUGGUACUUUUCGGAGCACAUUUUGGCCAAGAUUGUGCCUGAGACAGAGGUUGCCGAGAUGGCUGGUCUCUAUCUAAAGGUUGCUCUCCUGGGUACGCCCGGUUUUGCUUGCUUCGAGAGUGGCAAGCGAUACCUGCAGGCCCAGGGUAUAUUUUCGGCGUCUUUGUAUGUUUUGAUCUUCUGCGCGCCACUUAACGCAUUCCUUAACUGGUUCUUCGUUUGGAAACUUCAAUGGGGCUUCAUUGGCGCGCCCAUCGCCGUUGUCAUCACGGAAACACUUCUCCCAAUCUGCCUGUUCAUCUAUGUCUAUUUCUUCGUUGGAUCCGAGUGUUGGUGUGGAUUCAGUCGACGUGCCUUCCAGAAUUGGGGUCCAAUGAUCCGCUUGGCACUCCCGGGGCUCAUCAUGGUGGAGGCAGAAUGUCUGGCCUUCGAAAUCCUGACCCUUGCAUCCAGCUACCUCGGUACAUCCGAGCUCGCAGCCCAAUCUAUCCUGGCAACUAUCUCAAGCAUCACAUGGCAGAUACCAUUCCCACUCUCCAUUGCGGGUAGCACGCGGGUAGCGAACCUGAUCGGAGCUACCCUGGUCGACGCCGCCAAGACCUCUGCCAAGGUGAGCUUUUGUGGCGCUGCCAUCGUCGGCUUGUUGAACAUGGUUCUUUUGUCCACUUUACGCUCGUACAUCCCUAGACUCUUCAGCUCCGACCCAGAAGUUGUGGAGAUUGUGGCGCAGGUUCUGCCACUCUGUGCGGCUUUCCAGCUAUUUGAUGCCCUGGCCGCCAAUUGCAAUGGUAUCCUGCGUGGUCUCGGUCGACAGGAGGUGGGUGGUUACAUCCAGCUCUUCCUUUACUAUGUGGUUGCCAUGCCACUCAGCAUGACCACAACAUUUGUUUUAGGAUGGGGCGUCAUGGGCCUAUGGACCGGUGUAGCCCUUACUCUUGGACUUGUUUCUCUCAUUGAGGGCAUCUUCAUUAGCCGGGCUAAUUGGAAUCGCUCUGUUGAGGAGGCCGUUCGUAGAAACGAGCUGACUUAA